AUGAAUGAAAAACAAAAAAAAAAAUAUAUCAAAAUUGUUGAAAAUGUGAAGUACUUUCAAAAUGAAAAUUUGCUACUUGAAAAUUUAAAUACUCUUAACAAAAGUAUUAACAGACAAGAAAAUAAUAUAAUUAUUGAACUUAUAGAUAUAUUUUUAGAUGAAAAUAGUUAUUGCUAUGAUGAGAAUUAUCUUUUUAAUUAUAACAAACUUAAAAAAAAAAAGGAAUUAAACUUAAAUGCAGGAAAUAGCAAAAAAUCAGAAUUUUCGCAGCAGUUUAAAGUAUAUGUUAAAAAUAAAAAUGUAGAAAAAAUUAAUGAAGAAGAUGCUUACUAUUUUUCAUGGAAAAAGAAAAAUGUAAGUAAUUAUAAUCGUGAAUUUAUAAAUACGAAGAAAAUAUUAUUUCAUUAUAUAUGUAACAAUAUAUUGAAUCAUUCUGUAAAUAUAAAUUAUUUGAUAGAUAAAAUAUAUGCAGAUUUUCAAAUUAAAAAUGUUCAAAGUAAUACAAAAAAUAUCAAUCAAAUAAAUCAUAUAAUUUACCAUGAUGAUCUAAUAAAUAUAUUAAUUGAAACAAUUUUUAAACUUUAUGUAAGCGAUGAAAAUCACGACAAUAUAUAUAGCGAAAAGAAACAUAUUCACAAAAAAGAAAUUGAAAAAAGUUAUUUAAUGCAUUCAAAACAACAAGCAACACAAAAAGAUAAGAUGAUAGAAGAUCAAUCAAUAGAUUACUUAAACAUAUUAAAAAAAUUAAUUGUUAUUAAUAAAAAUUUCGUCAAAAAUAUAUUUUAUAUUUUUUUAAAAAAUAUAGAAAAAUUAAAAGUUAAAAACAUUAAUAAAAUAACUGAAAAUAUUUUAAAAAUUUUUAAAGAAAUAAUAUGCUACUGUGAUGAAUUUGAAAUAAGUACUGUGUAUAAUAUUCUUUUAAAUAAUGAAGCUAUUGAUAAAAAUAAGGUUCUAUAUGAUUAUAUUAUUAUUCUUUGUUUAAUAAAUUUGAAAAAUAUACACAAUACUUAUAAUUUAGAAUUAUGUAUGAAAUUUAUUUCAGAUAAAUUAUCGUUAAAUAAUAAAUGUUGUAUAAAUGACACUAUUCAUAUUGCAAAAAAUAAAUAUAAAAAAAGAAACCAGUGUGAAUAUAAAAUAAAUGGAGAAAAAAAUAAACAUGACACAGAUGAAAGCCAAUAUGAUAAUAAUGAAGAUGAUAAUGAUGAUGAAGAUGAUAAUGAUGAUGAAGAUAAUAAUGAUGAUGAAGAUAAUAAUGAUGAUGAAGAUGAUAAUGAUGUCGAAGAUGAAGAUGAAGAUGAUGAUGAUGAUGAAGAUGAUGGAGAUGAUGAUGAAGAUGAUGAUGAAGAUGAUGAAGAUGGUGAUAAAAAUGAGGAUUAUAGUGAUGGAAAGAAAGAAAAUAAUUUAAGUGAAUGUAAAAGACUGUGGAAUAGUGAUUAUAAAUACAUGAAAAGUCUUAACAACAUAGAAGAGAUAAAAAAAGGAAAAAAAAAAAAAUUAAUUAUAUUUUUAUUAAUGUUCGCAGUAAAAAUAUAUGAUAUAAGUUACUUUAAUGGAUGUAUAGAUGAGUUAAUUGAAGAUUUUUUAUCUCUAUUGAAAAAAAAUAUGUAUUCUUUAAAAAAUAAGGUUUAUCAUAUUGUAAAAACUAUAAUAUUCUUAUUUGUAUUAGUGUUUCAUAAUUUAAAUAUUGAUAAUAAUGAAACCAUUAUUUAUAUUUUAAAAAUUUUAGAUAUUUUAUUAGAAAUUUAUUAUAAAAAAUCCUUUUUAUAUAAAGAAUACUCUAAAAUUUUAAAAAAUAUAAAAGUAAAUAAUGUAGAAAAUAAUAAGAAAAUAGUACCUUCACAUGAAGAUGAUUCUUUGUUACAUAAUAAAGAUUUUAAUGAAAUUCCAAACAAAGAGAAAGUAAAUGAGAACAACUCAUUUAUUAAAAAUAAUAAUUGUGAAAACAAAAAAAGAAAUUUCGAAGAAGAAAAAUUAUAUAAUUCUGAUUUUUUUGGAGUAAAUAUAUUUGAAUAUAAUGUAUCCCCUCUUUUAUUAUUUUUGAUUAUUCCUAUAAAUCUUGAAUAUAAUGUGAAUCUAAAAAAUGAUGAUGCUAAUAAAAUUAAUAAUCAAAUUAUUAAGCUAUCAACUAAAUUAAAAAAUAAAUGGAUGUUAUACUUUAAAAAUUAUAAUAAUUAUUUCUUUAAUUAUUUAAAAAAAAAAGAAAAAAUAUAUAUGAAUAAAAUACAAAAAGAAAUGAAAGGAGGUUAUAAUAUUCUAGAAAAUAUAAGAGAAGAAAUAAGAUAUUUGAUUAGCGAUGUGGAUAAUUUUUGUGAAGAUGAAAUAUUAAAUAUUUUAUGUUUAAAUAAUAUACUAUUUUAUAUAUACGAAAUAUAUUUGAAUAUUGAUUUAAUUUAUUUAGUUCGAUUUUUUACCUUAUGUAAAAAUGAAUAUGAUUUUCAUUUUAUAAAUAUUGAGAAAAUAAAUUAUGAAUUUAAUAUACUUUUAAAUGUUAAUACGAAAUUAUGUCUUAAUUUAUUUGAAAACUUAAAAAAUGAAUAUAUAUCUAAAUGCAAUUGUAUAUAUAUUAACUUAUUAAUAUUAUCAUUAUUUGAAUAUAAUAUAUUUUUUGUUUUUAAAUUUAUUUCCUAUUACUGCUUAAUAAAUUCAUCGGAGUUAUUAAAAUUUCUUCCAUCUUUAUUAUUUAUUUAUAGUUUAUCUUAUGAUAACUGCUUUAUAGAUAAUAAAAAUUUCAAAACCAAAAGAUGUGACUACAGCUAUAGUUAUCAAAAAAAUAUGAAUUAUGUAUUUAUUUUAAGAAGCUUAAUUUUAAAUGUUUUAUCAAAGAUCGGAAGUAGUAAUAAUAACAUUCCUAUUGUAUAUAAUUGUAUUUAUUUUUUACUAAAUAAGGAAAAUAGUAAUAUAAAAAAGAGUUGUGUCAAAUAUAAUAGUGAUGAGAAUGAAAACAUUAAUGAUAAUAAUAAUGUAAACAGGAAUGAUAGUAAUAAUAAUAAUAAUUAUAGUAAUCUUGUAUCUUUUACCUAUAAAAAUAAUUUUAAUAAGUUAUAUCUUUUAUAUUGUUAUGAUAAAUUGAUAGAUUGCAAUGAAAACAUAAUUAGUAAAUAUUUUAAUUAUAUAGAAAGUAUAAUGAAUUUAGAAAAUGAUAAUGAUAAAGAAAUGAAAGAUAAAAUAAUAAUAUAUGAUAAAAUGAAUAAUAAAAUUGUUAAUUGUAUGCAUGGAGAUAUUGCUAUAUUUUUUGAUUUAAAAAAUGUAUUAAUUUUAUUAAAAGUUAGUAGAUUUUAUAAUGUUAGUAAUUAUAUAAGCAUAAUUAUUAAAUUCAUAAAUAAAUAUUUCAGUAAAUAUAAGAAUAGAGUUCUUUACAAUAACGCCUAUCAUAAAUUAGAAGACAGCAUAAUAAAAACUUGUAUUUUAAUUUUAAUUACUUUAUCAAUGAAAAAGUAUGUAGAAUUCGAAAUUAUUUAUAAUUUAUUAAAAAAAAAUUUUUUAAAGCAAGACUAUAAUGACUUUAGUGCAUAUAAUACUAAUAUUUUGUGUUUUAUUAUAAUAUUUACAAGAUUCUAUAUAAAUUAUAUGCUUUAUAAGAAAGAAAAACUAUAUAAUGAACAAUAUGAUAUAUUAUACUUCACAAAAAUUAAAUAUAUUUUAAAAGAUUUUACGAAAUUAAUAAAUCUAAAUAACAACAACGUAAUAGAAGAAAUAGUUAAUGUUAUUUCUAUAAUGUUUCCAAUAUAUUAUAAAAAUUUUAAUAUAGAUGAAGAAAAAAAAAAUAUAAGUUAUGAAAAUUCAAAUGAUAAGAAUGAAAAUGUAACUUACGAAUUAAGCAUGUAUGAUAAAAAAGAUAUAUUGAAUAUAUAUUUUGAUAAAAACUUUAUUUAUGAAUCUUUUUUGAAGUGUAAAUCUUAUAAUAUAUAUGAAAAUUUUCAGAAAAUAAUUCUCAAAGAUGAAAUAAAUGAUAUUCCUUUAUUUCAUUUAAAAAAUAUGAAUAGUAACAAAAAUAAUCAUUUAAUAAGAGUAUUUUAUAAGUUAUUUAUUGCGAAUAUUAAGAAUGAUGACAAUUCUAAUUUUAAUUAUUACUUCAAAUUGCUUUUUACUGAAAAAUUUAAAAAUAUUGAAGAAAUAAUAUGUAUUUUUAAAAAUUUACAUUUUUUUAAUUUUCAUUUUAUUUCCUUAUUUUUUUACAUAUUGGAUUUUUUUUUUCAAAAAUUAAAAAAGAAAAUAGAAGAAAAUGAAGAAUUUAUCAUAGAAUUUAGGAAAACUAAUAGUAAUAUGAAUUUAUUAGAUAAGGAAGAUAAAAAAAAGAAAACCAAGAAAAAUGAAAAUGAAAAUGAAAAUAACAAAAAUAAAAAAGAAAAGGAAAACUCUUUGAAAGGUGGUGAAAAACAUAAAUCAAAAAAAGAUAGCAUAAAUAAAAAUUUAAAUGUGAACUAUGAGAUUAUAUGUAAUGAUAUAUAUGAAGAGAUUAAAAUAUUAUUGAAUAAAGAGAAUUUAAAUAUAUAUAUAUUUUAUCCAUUAUUAAGCGUAUUAUGUAAGCAUAACAAUGAUAUAAACGAAAUAUUAAACUUUUUUUACCAAAAAGUUGAUAUUUAUAUUAAAGACGACGACAAAUUACAAAUUAACAAAAAUGAGAUGAUUGUCAUUUUUCUUUGUUUAAAUUAUAUACAUAUUAAUGUUUCUCAAAUACCCCAUUUUUACAACUAUUUAAUGAAACUCUUUAAUAAAAUACUAGAUCAAAGUAUUAAAAAUGUACUUUUAUUCUGUUUAGGCUCAUGUUGUUAUUAUACAAACAUGAGCUAUAAUGAUAUUAUUACAAUUUUAAUGAAUCAUCAAGAUAAUUUAAAAUUCAUAUUAAAAUAUAAUGAAAUAAAUACAUCAAAUUCAUUAGAAUAUUUGGAAGAAAAUAAAAAUAAUGAAAAGAAGUUAAAUAAUGAUCUAUAUAUUGAAAAAUGUAACUAUGAAAAUGUUGAGGAAUUAUAUACCUAUGAUAAUUUUUUUUUUUUUAUUUCAAUAAGUAAUUUAUCUUAUUACCUAUAUAAACAUUAUAAUAACAGUAAAUUUGAUGAAAUAAUUGAAAGUAUAUAUAAUAUUAUAAUAAAUAUAUUAGAAACAAAUAUAAAUAACGCCAUUAUUAGCUUAAUUAAUAUUAUGAUAUAUUUAUAUAUUAAAAAAAUUAUAGAUAUAUAUGAAAUAAUAAAUAAAUUAAAAAUUAUUAUAAAAAAUAUAAACAACAAUCUUAUUGUAUUUGACUCUAAAUACAUUUUAUAUUCAUUGUGUUGUUUUUAUAAUUUCUUAACAUUUUACUAUAAAAAGACUUUCAAUUAUUUUAUAUAUGAAGAUUUUGACGUAAACAACGAUUUAAAGGAGUCACUCCAUUUUGUUAUGCAUAAUUUAAAUAAAAUUAUUUUAAGAUAUUUUGAUGAGUUAGAGGAUAAAAAUAUUAGCUUGAUUUCAUAUACUAGUUUAAUAGGUAUAAAAAAUUUUGGAGAAUAUAUUUAUUCUGAUUAUUUUGAUAAUAACGAUUAUAGUAAUAUGAUUAUUUUAUUUAUUAAUAGAUUUAUAAAAAAAGAUUUUGAAAUAAAGAAAUGCAUAAAUGUAACUAAUAAUAUUUUGGCCGAUGAAUCAGAUAGUGAUAAUUACAAUAUCUCAAAAAAUGUAAAUAAAAUUGAGGAUAUUUUGUUGGAUGAUGAAAAUUUAUUUGUUUAUAAAAAUAACAAUUAUAAAUUAAAAAAUGAUAUUAUAAUAAAUGAUCAUAGUAUUAUUUUAGUUUUUAUUUACUUAUUCUGUUACAAAUAUUAUGAAGAAUUAAAUUGUUCUUUAAUUAAUAUUGAAAAUUUAAAUAAAAAAUAUAUGUUGUUUUAUUUAUAUUCCUACAUAUUAACUAUUGAAAAUUAUUUAAAAAUUUUUUUGAAAACCAGUAAAUUUUUGAAUAUGGACGAAAAUUUAACUAUAAAUGAAAAAGAAUAUGAAGAAAUUAAAUUGAACCUUCUAAAUAAUAAAAAAGAAAAUAAGAUGUUUUACUUGAAUUUUUUUAGUAAUGAAUUAUAUGAUUAUUUAAAUAACUUUUUGAAAACAAUGAAAUUAAUAAAUUAUAUUAAAUUUGAUGUAGAGAUAAAAAAUUAUAUUUUUAAUAUAUAUUCUUACAUAUGUAAAUUUAUAAAAAUUCUAUAUAUUGUCUUAGAAACAAUAUUAAAAAUGAUAGAGAAUAAAAAUGAUAUAAAACCAUAUUAUAGCAUUUAUAAAGACAAUAUAAAAAAUUUACAAAUAUUAUAUGAUUGCAGAAUUAUUAUAUUUGAAUAUUUUUCUAUUUAUAGUGAAUUUAAUAAUUCUUAUAGUAAUAUAUUUUGUAAUUUUAGCAAUCACUUCCAUACAUUCAGUACAUAUGAAAAAUACAUGUAUAUUAAAAGCAUAACAAAUCUUAAAAAAAUUAAAAAGGAAGAAAUUAAGUUUCUUUUUUUGAAUAUUUUGAAAAAUGCCUCAUUAUUUCAUGAAGACACUUCAUUAUGGAUAUAUACUAUAUCUAUUCUAAAAAUUUUAUUAAAGAGAAUAUAUAAAAGUGUAAAAAAAGAGAAAAAUAAUUAUUUUAAUUUGUUUUCCUAUAUAAAAUUCUCAUUUAUUACUGUGUUUAAUGAAACUUUUUUAACUUUAUAUAAAGAAAAUUAUCAUAAUCAUUAUUCAUUAUAUAAGAAUAUGAUGGAAAUAAAGGAAGAAGAAUCUUUAUGUGAUAAUAAAAAAAAUGAAUAUUUGAAAGUAGAUGAAAAUGAUACAAACAAGAAAAAAUCAAACAUUAAUAAAGAAAAGGAUGUAAUUGUUGAUACAAAUAAUGAUUUAAUACAAAAACAAAAUAAAAAAACAGAUAAUUAUAAGCCCAUUUAUUUAGAUGUUCCUCUAAAUGUGAUGAUGUGUAUAGCUGAUUACUUAUUAUACUUAUUCAAAAUUAUAAUUAAAGAAAAAUUAGAUAGUGAAAUUAAUAUUGAUGAAAUGAUGAAAUAUUUUCCUAUUCUUAUUCAGGGUUAUAUUAUAUUAAAAUUAAAGGAGAAUUUCAAAAAAUUAAAUUUUAUUAAAAAUAAAUUGUUAUUUCAUUCAUUUAGUUAUAGUUUUACAUUUAAAGAAAAUUUACAAAAUUUUUAUUAUGUUCAUGAAGAAUAUAAAGAAGAAAAAAAAGUUCUUACAUUAAAAUUUAAUUAUAAUCAAUUAAAUCAGUAUUUUCAAAAUAUUUUUUUGAUAAAAGAAUGUAUUUAUUUAUCAUAUAUAUAUAGUCAUUUUAAUGAAAAAUAUAAAAUACUUGAUAGUUUGUUAUCCAUGUAUAAUUUAAUUAACAUAAAUAAAGAUUAUUUAUAUAUAAUUAUCUCUUCCUUUGUUUUCUUUUCAAUGAAAAGCUGCAAUUCUUCUUUUUUCAUAAAUAAUGUUUUAUAUGAUUUUUAUGUUAGCAAUGAAUUAAUUAGUAACUUAAAUAAAUUUUUAAAAAGUUUUGAAUCAAAUUCUUACAAAAACUCAAAAGACUAUAAAUAUGAGGAAAAUAAAAAUAAUGAAGAGAUAAUAUGUGAGAACUUUAAAAAAAGUAAUACACAUAAUGAAAGCAAUACGUAUGGAGAUAUAACAAGUAAUAAAAAUAUAAGAGAAUGUACAAAUUCAAAAAUUUUUUUUAUUAUUGAGGAAGAAUUUAUAAGAACUAAAAUGAGAAAUUCUUUUCAAAAGCGUAAAAAUAAAUUGUUAAAAGAAAAUAAUUUAGUAAAAGAAAUAUUUUUAAAAAAAGAUUUUUUUUUUUUAAAAAAAUUAGGAAUAUAUUAUUUGAUAAAAAAAAGUGAAAAGAACACAAGUUUAAGAAAAAAAUAUAAUAAAUUACUUUCCUAUUUCUACAGAAAAGAAAAGCAUGAUUUAUUUGUGAAAAUGUGGGAUGUUUGUAUAAAUGAUAAAAAUAUUAUAAGAUAUGGAGAUAACCAGGAUUUAAUUGAUAAUUCAUAUUUUAAUGAUAAUUUUUUUAAUAAAAAUAUUGAAGAUAACUCAUUUGUUUCAGAUGUGCAAGAAAUAUUUUCGAAAUAUUUGAGUGUUCCCAUAUUUAUGAAAGAUGUUUUUACAUUUUUUGAAUUAAAUUUAAAUAAAAAUAUUUUGACUAACAGCUUUAAUGAAUUAUUCAUAGAAAUAACGGAUAAAAAACAAAAAGCAAUUAACAAUAAUUCAGAUGUCUCUUCAUCCAACACUGCUAAUGAAGAAGACGUUGAAAAAUUUUUAUUUGUAGAAAAACAAAAAAAAAAAAAAAAAAAUUUAUUAUAUGACAACAAUUUAUUGAAUUAUUUAAACAAUAGAAAUUAUUGUGUUAAUAAUUAUGAGUUAUACAUAGCCAACAUUUGCUUAUUCAACAAAAAUUUUAAGAGACUGAUAUUUAAAAAAAAUAUGUAUAAUAAAAGAUUUAUUCUUCAUAAAAAUUGUUGUGUGAAAGAUUUAAAUGAUCAAUUUUAUCUAUUUCAGAACUUUUUUAAAAAUUUAAGUUUAUUUUUUAUGACUUUUUCUAAAAAUUUUAUUUUGAAUAAUUCGGAACUUUUCUUUCUCGAUAAAAAAAAUCAUUUAAUAUAUAAUGUAAUAAAUUCUCUUUCUGAAAAUUACAAAAAUAAAUAUGAAUAA